UUCAAUUUACCAUCACGUAAAUACUGAAGUUACGUGACAAAAUCAUCUUAACCACUGGAACAAGUACCUAGACAGUAGACAUACUCAUUUUUUUCUCAAUACAAAAACUAUCAAGCAUAUACUAUGUAUGUACUUUUGCUGAUUGAAAAAUGUAAAAGAAGUUGAAAAUUCUGUUGUAGAAAUUAUACCUACAUGUGCCCUUAUGCAAAAUUUAAACUCACACAGGAAACUUUCUCUAACUGGCGUUUUGAACUUUGAUUUUUUCGUGAUGAAAUUCGUGAUUUUGAUUCUCGUAUUUUGGAACGGUGUUCUGAUUGAAGGGAUCCCUAAUGAUUACAAACAAAUAUUACAACCGAGAAGUACUGGAGAGAUGGAUAAACCUGUUGUUAAUUCCGUUAACGAACAACAUCCAGACACUCCAGAAUUAAAGCCAGAAGAGAUCACGAAUAAUGAUGACAACACUACCAAAGACAAAGAUGAAAAUACUCAGAAAGAUAAUAAUGACCAUACAAUUAAAAACAUUGAAAUUGUACCGGUUGAAGAAGCAGGUCCGGAUGAGACAGCCGAGCCAUUGGAAAAUUAUCUCGAUAGAUUGAAGGAAGAGGCGAAAGAAACCAAUAAAACAGAUCCACAUACUAUGCCUUUACUAUCGGGUUUGAAUAAAAUAAUGAAAGAAACACCAACCAAACUAGCCAAAGUUCUUAUUAACAACACCUGGCAUCUUUUUGAUCUGGGUACAAGUGGCUCUUCACGAAGAACUAGAAAUCUACAAGAAACGUCAUAUUUGAUGGCUCCUUUUUACGCCCUAGCAGCUAUGCUCCAGCAGUUGACUCAAGGAAUGCACUUAACAGGCCCAGGCGGUGCAAAUGCGGCAAAUAACGCUCAGGGAGGAUCCGUAUUCGAUUUUCUAUUUCCUCUUUCCUAUCUGGCUCACAUGUUUACUGGAUCUCCAGAUGUUCAUAAAAAUCUCUUGGGGGCAUUGGGUUCACACGGAGCACCAAACGUUCAAAAUAAUCCAUCGGUAAAUUACAUAUUAGUGAUCGAUAACAGGCAUAAACAAAAAGCAGAUCACAUGUUGGAGGGAAAAACACCGAAUGAAACUUUAUCAAAAGUCAAAGAAUAUUUGAAAAAGCCCGAACUGGAUACCGAAGAAAAAUUUUACAUUGCGUGGAAAUUAUACGACCUGUUCACCGAAUCAUACGAACACGACGAUAAAACUAAUUUGAAAAUCAUCAAGUUCAUAAUAGAAAUAGGUCAGGAUCCAAGAUUUAAUGGCUUAUUUGAAAAUUUGAAUAAAAAGAAAGACGAUCCAGAAUUCGGAAAAAUAUGGAAAUUAUUCAAAAACAGCCAUCAAAAACUGAACAAAAAGUAUCGCAAUAUUCUGAGCAAUCUUCCAGAAGGCACAAUCAUACAGCAUCCUUCUCCAAACUGUUUCGUAAUUGGUCCAAUUCAUCACGAUAUCACUUCAUUGGAGAAGAAAGAUGACCUCGAUAGCAAAGAUGAAAAACGAAAACUUUUCACAAAAGGAUUGGACUCAUCCGACGAUUAUCGUAUCUGCUGCAUCGACGACAAUAACGAGGCCAAAGCCAACCAGUUCUUAGGAGGUGAAUCAAAUAGUGAAAUGUUACCCAACAUUGAAAAGAAUUUAAAUAAGGAAGAUUUAGAUCCUGAACAUGGCUGGUAUAUUAUACUCAAAUUGUAUAACACGUUCAAAAAAUUGGACAAAAAUGAUAAAGACAAGGAUAAAAUAAUUCAAUUAAUCAAUCAGACAGGCAAAGACCCCAAAUUCAAGAAACUUUUCGAAAACAUCAAAGCUAAAAAUGAGCCACGUUUUCAAGACAUUUGGAAAACAUUCAACAGCGAGCCCAAGGAUCUAGAAGAAAGCAUCAAAUUGCAAUCGCCAUCGCCACCCACAUUAGAUAAAGAUACCUUAGAUAAACUCGACCCAAGAAUUUACGAGCUGCUCAAAAAAGAUCCACUUCUAUCACAGAGGCUCGAAGCCGCCAAAAUCCCCAAGGACGAAAAGGAAGACAAUAAAAAGGAUACAGAACAUUUGAAAACUAUAGAAGAAUUGUUACGACAACCGUCAGCGACUGCAGACUCUAAAGGAAAACUGCUUAUGUCUCCCGAACAGCCAAAAGUAGGAGAAACGACACCGCCAUCGCCACCACGUAAGCUUUCAUGGUUCCAUGAUCCUGGUAUAGAGCACAAUGCACGUGUAAUCAAAGAUUUGGCUGAUCACUAUGCUUCGAAAAAUAAUGUAUCAUAUGCUGAUUUGGAAGGAGUGGAAAAACUUCUGAAGAACCCCGCGUUAGAUACCGAAUCCCAAAAUAAUUUGAUAACUUUCGUACAAAAAUGGUAUGGACCAAACGUACGGGAUGAGAAGAUGAAACCAAAGUUCGAUGAACUUGUUCGCCUAAUAAGACAGAAUCCAGAAUAUAAUAAACAAUUCGAGACACUAAAUCCAUUCCGACAAGAGCCACCUGCAGCAAAGGAAAAGGACACGAAAGACCCGCAAAACGCUCCUGUGGACAAAAUCUACAAUUUAUCAGGUGCUCCAUUGGAGAGUUUCUUGAAACAUGUAGCAGAUAUGUUGAAAAAUCCAUUAUUGGGAUUCCACGAAAGAAUGAACUUGAUAAAAUUUUUAUAUUCAUGGCAAAAGUUCGAUAAUGUAGAUGAAAGGAUAAAACAAAAAGUUGAGGAAACCAUUCAGUCGAUAAAAGAGUAUGAACUGAAUUAUCAAAUUUACGAGACGUUGAGGCAAGCACGUUGAGGAUCGAAGUGAAAUGCCAAUUCAGUAUUUUGGAUUGGAGAUGGCCUUUUAAUUUUAUGUUUAGGUAUGUGUGUUAUUAACCAUAAAAUAAAUAAUUUAUAAAUUAAACCAAUCAUCAAGUAAUACGCUUCAUACACAAUAGAACACAUGGUCAUAUUUCACGUUGUCAAACAUAU